UUGUCAGGGUUUGUCAAUAGGCGUAUAUAUAUAAGUAUAUGUGUGUGUAUACUCGUAUACAUGUAUGUCUACUAUAUAGGUAUAGGUUGUUAGGCAUUGUUUUCUGCUUUUCCCCCCUGUUUACACGUCCACCCUUAAUCAUCGGAGGAGAAAGACUUGUUUGUGAAGUAUUUAAAGCACUGAACAAAACUCGGGGCUUGUACCUCAGAUGGAUUGAGCUGCAGGAUGACACUGUAUGCAUAACAAAAAAUGAGGUGGAAUGGACCAACACAGAGUUAAAGAAUUCCUUGAGAAGCAUAGAAUGGGAUUUGGAGGACCUAGAAGAUACAAUUGAUAUUGUAGAAAAGAACCCAUCCAAGUUUAAGUUGGAUAACAAAGAGCUUACAACAAGAAAGAACUUUAUAGAUUCCACUCGAGAAGAAGUCAAGUCUAUGAAAGAUAAAAUAAAUAUGAAUAGGAGUAGAGAUCGCGAUCGCACUGCAAGACAGCCUCUGCUGGAUCCAAGUCCAGUAAGAGUAUUGAGCACUGGUAGCCAUGGGACUACCAAAUACUCAAAACUCGAAAACGAACUGGAUAGUCCAAAUAGGUUUGUCAGUGACACCUUAGUACAACAACAAUACAUGACAAGGAACCAAGAUGAACAACUAGAAGCAAUUAGUGAUUCUCUAGGUUCAUUAAAAACAGUUUCCAGGCACAUAACUGUGGAGAUUGAUGAACAGGCUGGUAUGUUGGAUGAAUUUGGAACAGAACUAGAAAAUACAGACAGCAAAUUGGAUGCAACCAUGAAAAAAGUUGCAAAAGUUCUCCACAUGUCAAAUGAAGGACGACAGUGGACGGCAAUUAUUAUUUUAUCUGUUAUUAUUGUGAUUGUGAUAGUUUUAUUUAUUUUGCUGUGAUUUUUACUUUUUCUACUUGUUACGAGGAAAAAAAGAAACCCGUUUGAAAUAUAUUUGCAACGUUUGGGGAAUAGUACAAAACCUAAAUUGUCUUGUUUUGUACGUGUAUUCAGUUAUUAAUAUGUGAAAAAAAGGAUAUCAAUUGAAGCAUACUGCACACAUCAAUCAAUGAUGAAUGUUUAUUGGAUUAAUCGACUAUGUGCCAUACUUUUAAUUAUCGCACUUUGUUGUUCAUUAUUGGAAACCUAUUGUGGGUUUACUUGUAGUAUUGACCAGGUUGCAAAUUAUUUUGAAAAAAUCUAAGUUUAUUAUUAAUUUUUAAUGAAAAGGCAAAAUCAUAUAGAUUCCAUUAAAUGUUAAAAAUAGUUGAUCCAGAGUACUAAAAAAAGAAGAUGAAACAGAAGAGAAUUAGGUUCAUUUUGUAUAGUCAAAUAUAUGAUUUGGUACAAAAAAAAAA